AUGACAGUGUCACCCAGUCCUUAUGCCGCCACGCACGCCGACCCCCAAGGUGCCGGGGAUGCACGACCAACCGCUCUCCAGAUCAUUCAGGCUGAGUCUCUGGAAGGCAAGCUUGUCGGCAAGGUGAUUGUCGUCACCGGUGCCACGUCAGGCAUCGGUUUGGAGACAGCCCGCGCGUUGUCUAUCACCGGAGCGACCUUGUUCUUACCGGCUCGCGAUCUAGAAAAGGCCCGGGAAAAGCUAUCAAACAUACUCGAGCCAGGCCGCAUCUCCCUCAUCCACAUGGACAUCAACUCGUUUGCGAGCAUUCGGGCUGCAGCGGCGGAGAUACUGUCCGUUACCCAGAACCAGGUCAAUAUCCUCAUCAAUAACGCCGGGGUGAUGGGCAUCCCAGAGCGCCAAUUGACGGAAGAUGGCCAUGAAACACACUUCAUGACCAACUACCUGGGCCCCUUCCUCCUCUUCCAGCUGCUGAAACCCGCCCUGCUGGCCAGCGCUUCGCUCGAUUUCUCCUCUCGGGUUGUCAACGUGUCUUCGUCCGCGCACCGAUCCUGCACUCUCAUGGACAGCGACAAUUAUGAUUUUCAAAAAGGCGACUACGACCAUGAGCUGGCCUAUGCCAACUCCAAGUUAGCCAGCGUCUACAUGGCCAACGAGAUUGAUCGUCGUUACGGGUCCAAGGGCAUCCAUGCCACCAGUCUCCACCCUGGGGGCGUCAACACAAACAUCUCCAGAAACAUAGGUCCUGAAUUUGUGGCAGCGAUCAUGAGCAACGAAGCGAUUCUCAAGAUCUUGAAAUCCCCGGAGCAGGGAGCUGCGACGACGGUUCUGGCCGCGGUUGGGAAGGAGUGGGAGAACAAGGGAGGGAAGUAUUUGGAGGAUUGCGAGGAAGCAAAAAGAGGGAAGGGUGAUAAUCAGGUGUUUGGGGUGGGAUAUGUCCGCCAAACCUAUGAUCUUAAGGAGGAGGAGCGCCUGUGGAAGGACUCGCUGAAGCUGGUGGCAGUCGACGACGAUGUUUGA